AUGGCUCGACAAGCCCAAGUGGGGUCCAAACUGCCAGAUCUGGUAGGUGAGUCGCAGGUUGGCGUCGUCCGCGCUCACGAUUACUUGGCGGGUGGGUGGGGCAUCAUUUGUUCGUUCCCUCAAGCUCGACAUCCAACGUGGUUGUCGGAGCUUGGAGCUCUGCAGAAGUUGCAGGAUCAGUUCGAGGCUCGUAACGCUCGGGUGCUGGCGCUUCACAUUGCCUCGUUGCGAGAGCAGAGCCUGUUUCUCUCCGACGUCAACGAAACUCAAGAAGUGAAGGUGAAAUUUCCUGUAUUAGCCGACGAAGAUGGCGAAUUAUCCCGGCGUCUGGGACUUGUUGUCGCUGGAGCGCCAAAACACGCCGCUGACGCUGGACGCUUACCGUUCAGCUGCACAAUUCAAGUAGUGACACCAGUGAAUUGGAAAGUGAGUGACGAUGUAUUCGUAGAGCCCGAUGUGACCACCGAUGCAGCCAAAAAGCUCUUUCCUCAAGGAACACAUGAGAUCAAACCUUACGUCAGACUCACGGCGUCUCCCUCCAUAAGCAACGACAACUAA